GAGUUUUCACAUUUCGUGUUCAGCCCAGGGCCGUACCGGAAUUCGAACGUUUUACGUUUCUUGUUAAUCGUCGUAAACAAUUUUCAACCGAGAGGAGACGUCACGUGCACUUAAGACCGGCCUGUCCAGCCUCACUCGACAAUCGACAUGCACAAUCCUCUACUGAUGAUACAUUGAAACGUGAAAGAAUCAAAUAAAAUGGACUUUUUAAACAAUCUUGAAGGAAUAGUAACUAAGAAUGGGGACAUGGUAACAUUUAUAGCUGAAGAUUUGGAAAGCAAACUUAAACAGACCAGCCCAACAAUGCCUACCAGACCUUUAGGAAGAUUUGUUUUAGACGCCAAUUUACUAAAUGACCUUGAGUUUGAAGCCAGAAAUAUUGCUGCAUCUGUAGAUACAUUAUCUGAAUCUCUCUCAGGAGUCUUACAUAGCAUGUCUGCGUUAACUGUUGACUGUUUGGAAAUAUACAGGGAUGUAGUUUGUAAGACAUGUGAUUCAAUUGAUGCUAAUAUUAAAUCAAUGUAUCAAUUAAUGGCUAAAUGCGAAGAAGUAUCAAAAGAAAUGGAACCUAUCUAUAAAUUGGCUCAACAAGUGAAAGAUAUAAAGCACAUUUUAGAUUUAUUUGAGAAUGCAGUAAAUUGAUAUCGUAUUUGUAAUAAAAUAUACAUUAAACAAUUGUUAAUUGCUAAGAAUUUUUAUUUAAUAUGUACAAUUUUAAUUACACAUUGUCACAGUUAUAACUCAUAUUAAAACUAUAAUUAUCCAUGUAUGAUGUACAUAUAUUAUAAUAUAUAAUUAAACUAAUUUACUUGUGG